CGGACUGAUAAAAAGAGAUCGCUUUACACUUUUUAAAAUUUACGUAAGGUAAAACUUGACUAUUUUGCGGAGUUGAUUGUAUAUGAACAAAAUAGACUUAGUUAUUUUAUACUGCACGCAAAAUAUAAUUAUUACUUUAUAAAUAUGGCAUCAUCACGAAAUUACAGUUAAUCCGUAACAGCCGCAUCGGACGAAAUCAAGGACAUAUAUUGUGAACCCUGUGUUGGUGAUGGAAAACAGAUAGAAGCGGAAGGAUUCUGUGUGGACUGUUCAGAGUAUCUGUGUGGACAAUGUUAUAACAGUCACGGGAGAUUUAAAGCGUUCAAACACCAUGUGCUCCAGGAUAAGAAAAAUAUGCCUGUUGAUGUAGCAAGAACAGGUGUACUUGAUGUGUGCGUAGAAAAGUGUUCUAAACAUCCAACAAAGGUUACUGAAUACUUUUGUCGGUCAUGUGACACACUUGGAUGUAGUGCGUGUAUCACGACAAACCAUCGCCAAUGCCAAAAUGUCGACCAUGUACCGGACAUUGUUAUAGAUCUAGAAAACAACGAGGAAUUCAAAAAGUUUGCUGAAUAUUUCGAUGAAAAACUUACGUUGCUGAAAGAAAAAAAGAACAAAAUUAAUUCUAGAAAAACUGAAGUAGAGGAAAUGAAAAAGCAAGCAAAGGCAGAACUUAAAAAGCAGCGUGAUGAGAUUAACAAGUUUUUCGACCAUCUUGAGGCUGAAAUGGACAAGAAGAUAACGGACAUUGACAAAAAUAACAAGGAUACAUUGAAAGCAGCGUCAGACAGAUGUAAUAUCAUAAAUGAUGAAUUAAACAAAAUGAAAACUGAUGUCGAGACAAACAGAAAAAACGGCCAAAAAUGUAAACUGUUCAUAAAAAUGAAAAGAUCGAAAGGUGAAAUCGAAAAGCUUGAUAGUCAGUUUGAUAUGUUAUAUGAAGAGAGCAAGGUACAGAGAUAUAAACUGGUACAAUCCACACAGAUAGAGGAAAUAAUGAAAACUACAACUGAAAUAUGCAGAAUGUUAACUGCAAAACUUGUUUCAGAGAUUGAUAUAAGCUCUUGCAAAGACAAGGAAAAACCAUGUAUACGUGGGAUGUCAGUGGUGCAGAGGCACUACCUAGCUGUUGCGGACGAGCGCAAAAAAGUAGUGAAGAUAAUUGAUACUAGAACUGGCAGAGUAACAUCUGAAAUAAGUUUGGACUAUUGUUCCAUAUGGAGUAUCACAAAUGUCAAGGGCGAUCAAAUUAUAGUUUCGCUGACAUCAUUUAAACCUAAAUUCCAGAAUAAUCUUAUCACUCUGGCUGUAUCAGCGGCUGGUGUGCUAAGUAAAGGUAACGUGAUAACAACUAUAAGACCAGCUUUCGAUGUUGUUGCCAUUGCACAACUCCUCUAUGUGUUACAUUCCAAUGAAAUCAAAGUACUUGAUAUCCAUGGAAAUGUUCUGAACACAAUAGGAUGUGACCGCUCUUCUCUUCCUUCUAUAGCUGUAAGUCCUGGCAAGAAAACCAUUUACUUAACAAACUAUGAGUAUAACUUUGUAAAGAGUAUGACCUUGGAUGGCAAGGUCACAGCUACCUUCAAGGACAAGGAUCUUAAACAUCCCUUGAGUAUUAUAGCAGACGUUGAGGGCUUUGUAUAUGUAAAAAGUGAUGGAGGCAUUCAUCAGUUGACAAAGGACUGUACCAAGGUUCAAAUUAUCUUAGAUGGCGUGUUUGGUAGAAGCAUAACCUUUUCUUGCACAGAUAAUAGACUCUAUGUGAGAGAACUUGAGAAAGUGAAAGUGUAUGAACUGAAGUAGGACGUUACAAUCAUAGUUCAAAAAUGUAAAUAUUAGACCCUCUGCAGGAUGCUUAAGACAUGUAAACUAUCGACCCAAUAAAGAAGAUUUCUGAAUUUCAGGACAUGUCAAACUAUAACACUUUCAAGUUAAAAUACUAUGAAACUCUUGAAAUAGUGAAAGCACUAUAUUAUUAUUGAAACUAAAUAAUUGAUAAUUCCCGAUAUAUGUUAAUGAAAAUGAGAUUUGCUGUUUGAAUAUUUUAAACUUUAAUUUAAAAAUUAUUUAUUUUAAAAUUACCAUAAGUUACCGUAAGGUGAAACAAAAAUUGACGUGUUUUGACUAAACUUGUACUGUAUAUUCUAAAAUUAAACUAAACUCGUUCUAGCGUUAAUUUUGAAGUCAUUUUGUUGUUGCCGUGAUUUUCCUGCCUUAUAACGAAAUCCGUUCGUUUGUAAUUAUAGACUAAUUGUGCAUUGCUGUUUAAAAUUAGUCUUGUUUAAUUAUCUGAAAACUCCAAAUUAUAGCGGUUCAACUAUAAAUCA